AUGGAAAUGCAUUCGCGUUGUAUUCACCCGCGUGUUGGUGCGGAUGAAGAGGAGGAGACAGUGUUCUCCCUGGCUCACGGAAGGAGGCUGUUAACCUUGCAUACAGCGAUUCGAAAUGACAGCUCCUUCAACUUCUUCAUAUUUUUCUUCGUCUUCUUCGCUCAGUGCGUAGUUUUGCUGAUUCAGUUUCUUGGUAUCAUGAAUUGGGGAACUUGCGGACUUCUUGUCGGCUUGGGUAUUAUAAAAACGAAUCCCGGUCUUGGCGCUUUUAUCCUCACUCUGGCUGUCAUUUUUGGUCUCGAAACGCUCGUGUGUGCCUACUAUCUUGUGCAGGUAGGUUUUUUGAAUUUACCUGCUUUGCUGUGUCCAGUUGCAAGUCCAUUCAUUCCCGACGGAAUCCCAGACUGUUCUACUAUUACCUAUGAUUAA